AUGGCAGACGAAGCGACCGAUUGUUCGACAAAGGAGCAGAUCGCGUUGUAUGUCCGCUACUUCAACCGUCAGCAGGGAGAGGUCUGUGAAGAGUUCCUUGGUUACAGAGAGGCGUCAAGUACAACCGGACAAGCACUAGCAGAAACAUUUUUAGAAGCAUUGGACGAAUAUGGUAUCAAUAUCGACCAAAUGCGAGGUCAAGGGUAUGAUGGUGCCGCCAAUAUGGCAGGGGUCCAUCGUGGUGUGCAGGCACGGAUUCGAGAACGCGUUCCGUUGGCUCUAUACACACAUUGCAGAGCACAUUCAUGCAAAGAGACCAUUGUCAGGAACAUGAUGGACACUGUUCAGACUGCUGCUUUCGCCUUUGACUAUUCAGCAAAGCGUCUCCUGAACUUCGAAGAAUGCCUGGCAAAUGAUGAUGAAGCAAGGAUGGCCAUGAACAGGAAGACCAAACUAAAAACACUUUGUGAAACACGCUGGUUCAGCCGAGUUGACGCACUUAACACCUUUUUGAAAUGUUUCGCAGUUGUUGUUGAGUCAUUAGAGGAAUUAGGAGGUGACGGCGACUCCAAAGCUAGAGGAUAUGCAUUGUCCAUCAAGCAAUAUCUCAUGGAAAUUGAAAGUUGA